UUGUUUCUCCAGAGAGAAAAAACGAAACCGAGAAGAAAAAAGGAGGAUGGAUGCAGACGAAAAGCGCCGGAAAGCAACACGCCUCCCUUCCCAAUCUCGUAGUUUAAUGGCUGCCGCCCCGCUACUGUCGCGCCGCCGCCCUAGCCUAAUGGCGUAGCUAAACUACUCUACCCUCGCUCGCAGUCGCAAGCUGAUUAAGCCUCUCCAGCGGCGAACAGAAAGAUUUGUCUUUCUUUGCAGGAGAAAGGCAGGAUUUUGUCGCCGUCGUCUUCGUCGGUGGCAGCGGUGGUUCGUCUCUUCUCUUCUGUUUUUCCCCUUCCGUUCGUUUUCUGGUCUGGUGGGAGAGAGUGAGAGGGAUCGAGCGAAAGAAUCGGUGGUGUGCUCGGCCGAGGACAGGCAGUACAGCACUGAUUCUUAAUUUGAGACCACUUCUCUGCUGCAGCAAACAGGAUAUAAAUGGUCACAGUGAGCUGAGGGUUGAGUAUGUGUACCAACUGGUCUCAACUCUGAACACAGCUUCAUAGGCUGCUUGAUUGAUACUUCUGUAUCAGAGGCAUGUAUAAGAACCAGCUCCAGGAGCUUGCACAGAGGAGCUGCUUCAACUUGCCAUCCUAUGCGUGCAUACGAGAGGGGCCGGAUCAUGCACCCCGGUUUAAGGCCACAGUUCAUUUCAAUGGGGAAGCAUUUGAGAGCCCGACAUUCUGUUCCACCUUGCGGCUGGCGGAGCAUGCGGCAGCUGAGGUAGCACUCAAUGAGUUGUCCAAGAGGGGGCCUUCAUCAUCACUUGCUGCUAAAGUUCUGGAUGAAACUGGGAUCUACAAGAACCUGCUGCAAGAAACUGCUCAUCGGGCCGGUUUAAAACUGCCUAUGUACACUACUAUUAGAUCCGGACCAGGGCAUACACCAAUGUUCACUUGUACAGUGGAGUUAGCAGGAAGGAUCUUCACGGGCAAUCCUGGCAAGACUAAGAAACAAGCUCAAAAAAAUGCUGCUAUGGCUGCCUGGUCUGAAUUAAAGGAAUUGCCUCGAGUAGGUGAGGUAGCAUCUUCAUCUUCUCCAUCCGAUCAUGACAAUGAGGAGCAGGAACAGGUCACAGUUGCCCGCACUCUUGAAAGUUUGAACCAGAAAAAUGAAGGCAAGGCACCACAUCAAAAGGAAAAGCAGCAACGCAAUAACCGCCCGCAACCUCGGAGAUCUUAUCCUAAACCAAGUGCGUCAUUUUACGGGUCACGCUUACAAAAUCAGACAUACCCAAAUGUUGCACAAGAGCAAGCAAUGUACCAUAUGUGGCACCAGGUGCAACCAACACAGCAGAAGCCCCAUUUUCGGAUGGUUCCAACUAUGGGCAACACAAGGUUUCCACCGCCACCAACUAUACUCUCCAUGUACCCUCCACCUAGAGGACAGUUCGCCGUGCCAGCCAGCCAAGAUGCUUUGGCUCUAAUUCCAUGUUUUCCUGAAGCUGCUCCUGCCCUUCCACGGUACUUCUCGCCUUACCCUGCCUCAUACGUACCAACAAGUCCACUGCCAGCUGCAGUUAACAUGAUGCAUGGGAGAAGGCAAGGGUGUGCUGAAACGGUUGAGCUUCCUGAUGCACCAGUUUUCGCCAGAUACACUGCUCCAGAUUACUCUAGUGCUCUGGAAAAUGUUUGUCCAAGUGAGGUUCAACAAUGGCCUAAAAAUGGGAAAGAGGCAUAUACCGAGAGCAGUGCUGCCACCGAGGAAAAGAAUAAAGCUCCCCAGACUUCUUCAAGCUCCACAACGCAUCACCCAUCACAAAAGUUGGAACCAAAUGAAGAUAGAGAGUCGAAAAAGGCAGCAGAACAACCACUUCUUGGUCCAUAUGUUGUACAAAGACCUGUCCAGCGACAGAGUUAUCCUAGUCCCGUGCAGCACAGCGAGCCUAUCCAUAGAAAUAAUCUUCCGUUCAGGACGGCAACAUCACCUGGCCCAUGGUCUUCGGACAUGCAGACUCCACCAAGAUUUGGUACUGCGACUCUUGCGAAUUCAGCCAGUUUCUUAUACCAGCAGCGGCCUCCAUGGCUGGCGGCCCCAGUUACAGUUCGAACUUCUAUCCCUGUGUGUUCAGCUAGACCAAACGCAGCGGUGAACUCUAGCCCGGGAGCAGCAACUCGAGUCCGACCUACUGUCCAGAUGCUCUCUAGAAAUAACUCUGAGGCCCAGAGGAACACGAGAGACAUGAGUGAUGCUUCGACAGCAAGUUCAGAACUUAGUAAGCUCCAUAUCUGAGCCGUGAGCAAUGAUCGCUUGUGCGGUAGGUUCAGAACUACGGUGAGGCUUUAGUUAGGGCUCAGACUUUGCAGUAUAUCAGUUUUGGUUACCGUUUUUCACCUUGUGGUAUUAAGUUAGAUAGAAUGAGCUUUACAAAGAGUUGGAGAGGGUUCAUGCUCGCGAUCACGAGGCCUGUUGUAUUUCAUGUAUACUGCUUUCUUGUCAAGAAAAAUGAAUGAGAACAAUAAUAUGGCGAACUCAA